UUGCCAAUCAGUCGUCCACAAACUGCAUCAACAUCAUGACUUCUCUCCUGAUUGGGACCAUGCUGCUGGGCAACCUGGGCAUCUGUGUAACAGCACAAGAGAUGCUCGCUCGACCCACCCAGGUGAAGUUUGACUCGGUGGACUAUAAAAACAUCCUGAUCUGGACUCCACCCACCAACAGCAACUUUCUGGAGUAUUACGUCCAAUGGAAGAUCUAUGGUGAGCCUGAGUGGAUGGACAUGCACAGCUGUCAGGGGAUCCAGAAGCACCACUGUGACCUCAGCAAUGUGACCUCCAAUCCCAGGGAGUGGUACUAUGCCAGAGUUCAUGCUUUGUCUGUGCCCACCAGCAGCAAAUCAGCCUGGGCCCUCUCAUCCAGAUUCAGCCCACGCUGGGACACCAAAAUCAGCCCCCCUGUUCUGAGGCUGAAUGUAACCGAAAAACCAGCCAUUGUGAUCCGAGUGAAGCACCCCAGACCGCUGGUCCAGAAGCUACACAGCAGCCUGUACUACAAGAUCUACUUAAAACACCCCAGUGGAGAAGAAGAGGUGUUAGAGAUGGAGUGCUGUUCUCACAAGCUGACUCUGAAGGAACUGAGCCACAAAGCAAAAUACUGCCUCCAAGCCCAGACCAUCCUACCUCUGCAGGGCAAGAGCAGCACCCGGAGCUCUGUGAAAUGUAUCACCACCCCCUGAUGACACAGACACAGCGUCAUCCAUCCCUUCAGCUUUAAUCGUCCAACACUACCUCGACGGCCGUGUCAGUCAAAGUGUAGGCAAACUUUCACUUUGACUGGAAGAGUAUUUUUUUAAAAAAAAACUGAAACAUUUUUUCCAUUCAUGGCAAAAUUCAACUCAAGAACCACCCCCAUGUUAGCGGAUCUUGAUCUUGAGUUUAUUUUUAUGUCAAUAUUAUAACUAAUGGGUAGUCAAAGAUGGUUACAGGCGAGUGUUUUUUCCCCCAUAAAUCAGUCAGCUUAUGUAUGUUUCCUCUCCAGUGCAGCCACAUGCAGUGAAGCAGUGAAGAUCAGUGAGCACUUCUUUCAGAGAAAACUAAAAGAAUGUAUUGUCUCAAAUGUAUCACACUACAAAUAAA